CAACACUACUCUCUCUCUUUCUUCCUUUUCAUUAUUUCUUUAUUACUUACUGUUUUGUUUGUUUACUUUGAAAUUUAGUGAAAUCCUAACGCUCUGGCCCCAUCCUUGCCUCCUCUAUCAUCUAUCUCCCUACAACCACUCACUACUCUUUCUCUCUCUCUUUACUCCCUCACUUCUAUCAAUGGCGUCUUCCCAGAUCUCAUUCUCUCUGGUGUGCGUUGCUCUCAUCUUUUUCUCUAUUCCUCUAAACGUCUCCUCCAUUGGCAUCAACUACGGUCAGGUUGCCAACAACCUUCCUCCCCCAAAGAACGUCAUCCCUCUCCUCAAGUCUGUAGGCGCCACCAAAGUCAAGCUCUAUGACGCCGAUCCACAAGCCCUCCGUGCCUUCUCCGGCUCCGGCUUCGACCUCACUGUCUCCCUCGGCAACGAGUACCUUGCCCAGAUGAAAGACACCGACAAAGCCCGUGAUUGGGUGAAGCAAAACGUCCAAGCUUACCUCCCAGCAACCAAGAUCGUUGCCAUCGUGGUAGGCAACGAAGUCCUCACCUCCAACCAGUCAGACCUUUCCGCGGCGCUCUUCCCGGCGAUGCAGAGCAUCCACGGUGCUCUUGUCGACUGUGGCCUCAACAAGCAGAUCUUCGUGACUACAGCUCACUCCCUAGCCAUCCUUGACGUAUCCUACCCUCCCUCCGCCACAUCCUUCCGACACGACCUCCUGGCAACCCUCACUCCCAUCUUGGACUUCCACGUCAAGACUGGCUCCCCCAUCCUCAUCAACGCCUACCCUUUCUUCGCCUACGAGACUAACCCCAAACACAUCUCUCUCGACUUCGUCCUCUUCCAGCCAAACCAGGGCUUCACCGAUCCUGGCUCCAAUUUCCACUACGACAACAUGCUCUUCGCCCAGGUUGACGCCGUCUACCACGCCCUUGACGCCGUCGGCAUCACCUACAAGAAAGUCCCUAUCGUUGUCUCCGAGACCGGGUGGCCUUCCAACGGCGACCCGCAGGAGGUUGGAGCCAACUGCGACAAUGCACGCAAGUACAAUGGAAAUCUUAUCAAGAUGAUGAUGAGCAAGAAGAUGAGGACUCCCAUUCGACCAGACUGCGAUCUCACCAUCUUCGUCUUUGCUCUCUUCAAUGAGAACAUGAAGCCUGGCCCCACCUCCGAGAGGAACUACGGCCUCUUCAACCCUGACGGAACUCCCGUUUACUCCCUCGGGAUCAAGACCUCCUCCUCCUCGGGUGGUAGUAGUAGUAGCGGCAGCAAAAACUCCACCGGUGGAGGUAGUAGCAGCAGUGGAGGUAGCACUGGUGGAUCACCAGGUGGUGGCGGCGGCGGCGGCAUCUACACGCCAGAGAACCCUUCACCUGAUUACAUGUCCAUUUCCUCCGCAAUGGGAAAAGGCAGAUUCGUUGAGUGCGUGUUCUUCUUCCUCUUGCUUUGCAUCAUCAAGCUUCGGCUGUAAAAGCUUCACCCCACUAGAUCUCGGCUUUGUACCUCUAAUUGGGUUGAUGACGUGAAAUUAUCCCCAAAUUUUAUUUUAUUUAAUUAGUUUGUUAUGUUGGUGUUUGGUCGGAAACCUAUUUUCUUAAUGGACCGUGGAUUUAGAAAACUUGCCAUCUUUGUUGUGCCUA